AUGUUUGCUUCCCUUCCAAGAUUUUCAAAACCGGAAAUCCCUACCCUUAUGAAUCGUUCAUUGCCAACUGAAGUGGAUAGGUUUGUGAGUCCACCCAAUUCUUAUUCUAAUGUUGUUACAAGUGCUCUAAAAGAUAAACUCGGUUUUGAUAAGGUUGAUGACAUAAUUCAUAUCACUUCUUGGGAUUUCAUUGUUGAAAUAAGCAAGCAUGCUUGUUUAGUCAAAGCUAGGGAUUUCCUGACUUUGCCUAACUUAUGGAUGUUAUGUUUUGAUGAAGGGUUUGAAGAUUUUGAUAUCCGAUAUGUUAGUGAUUUUUGGGCUAUGUUAGGAUUUAGGCAUAAAGAAGCUUGCAGGAAUUUCUUGGCAAGCGAUGUUAUGGAUCAUUGGAUGGUUGAAAAACGCCCUUAG